CCUGUAUACCAAUAUGGGGUUUCCGUAGUGUAGUGGUUAUCACGUUCGCCUAACACGCGAAAGGUCCCCGGUUCGAAACCGGGCGGAAACAUAGUUUUGUUUUUACUUUUCCAUAUGUUUAGUUUAUUAAGAUGACAGUUUUGUGUGACUUACGUUAAAUUUAUUUAGACUCACUUUAUUUAGGGGCAGUUAAUCUGUUAUGGAGGUGGAACUAUGAAGGAUUAAGCUGUUCUCCAGCCGGUGUCCCUGAACGUCGCCUUUAGGGGGAGUGUCUGCAGCUUGCGUGUCUCUGCUUUAAACCGUGUGUCUCUGGGGCUGUCCAGCGGUGAGCAGCUGUUCUCUCAGACUUCACGACCGGACACUCCACUGACUCGUUAGUCCACCGGACGGGCCGGCUCCAGCUGCAGCCUGCAGCUCCAGCUGACGGUGGAGAACACGCUACACUGAGCUGAUGUUCAGGAACCAAAGCUGUUGAUGCUGAAUCUCACCUGGCAGAACCUUUCAGCAGAACCUUUGAACUUCCUGUGGGUUCUGACGCCGACAUGGACGACAGCUACAUCUGGCAGCGGCGCAUCGUUCACGGCAUCCGGCACCAGAAAGGCGCUGUUCCCUUCCCAGAGUCGGUGAAGAUCGGCGUGGAGUUCAACGCGGCGCUGGAGAGGAAGGACAAGCUGGACCAGAACCUGCUGACCAACGCCGUCAUGCUGGAGAUCUGCAGCUUCGCCAAGACGGUGACCAAGUCCGAAAAGUACUUCCUGUUUGAGAUUCUGGAGUUGAACUUUGAGCUGGGCGUGGACGUGGAGGACGGCCAGCAGUGCUACGCCUACUCUCUACGGGUCUACAACAAGAUCAAGCUGCUGAGGGAGCAGAUCCGGCUGAAGCCCGGCCGCUGGAGGGAACCGUUCACGCUGCCCGAUCCCAACUUCACGUCGGUGUACGGGGCCACGUCGGAGGUUCUGAGGCAGUACUACCCCAAACACAACCGAACCGCCAACAUCUCUCUGCUCACCGACGGCAGCAACAACCUCCAGAAGGCCGGGGGAGUCAGCAGGAAGCGGAGAGGAUUCCAGGGAAAGCCCAAGGAGGACGUUUUUCCUUUCUGCGCUGAGCUCGGUGUCUCUCUGAUCAUCCAACCGGACCAAACACCCAAACCCAAGCUGGACCCAAACUUCCUGACCAAUGGGGUGAUGCUGGAGCUGCUGGACUUCUCCAGACAGCUAUGUGGAACCCACACUCACAUCGUCUUUGACCUGGUGAAGCAGAACUUUGGUCUGGAGCUCAACAGGAUGCUGUUCCGGGUGCAAUUCAACAAAAUGGUGGAGAAGAAGAACGCCUGCCUGAUGGCCGAGGACAAGGACACCUUCUUCAAGGAGGUCUUCAGUUUCCAGCCUGAGAAGAAACGACAGAAGAGGAAAAGACCCGAUAUUGGCGAGCAGGAAGUGGAGAUACUGAGCAGCCAGAGGAGGUCGACGCUGAGGCAGAGGAGCAGCGGUGAACCCUUGGAGGACGGAGAUCUGUCCUACAUGUGUCCGGUGGACUCUGAGCCAGAAACAGAACCAAAGCUGGAAGCAGAAGAUAACUUAUCAGAGGACGUGAAGCAGCAGCAGGUGGAGGAGGUGAAGCAGGAGGAUGUGGAGGAGGAGGACAUGAAGCAGGAGGAGGACGUGAAGCAGCAGGAGGAGGUGGAGGAUGUGGAGCAGCAGCAGGAGGAGGACAUGGAGGAGGAGGACGUGAAGCAGGAGGAGGAGGACGUUUUCAUCUCGUCAACACAGACCAACGAUUUAAGAUCGGAACCAGAGAAGCAGAAGCUGUGGCAGAGACGAGCCGCUCGCUCUGAGAAGAUCCUGGCCCACUGCCGAGUCAACGACCAGUUCUCCCACUGCAGGGAGAUCGGACUGGACUUCAGCGUUUGUUCCAGCAGGAAACAGAACCUGGACCUGCAGCUCUUCACCAACCGGGUGCUCUGGGAGGUUUACAAGUUUGGAGGUGCGAUGAAGAAGAGUUUACGCCAUUUCUUGUUUGAGAUUCUGCUCAACAACUUCAACUUACCGCUGCAGGAUGAAACGCAGGAGCGGAACUUCAUGCUUUACCUGUCGACGAAGCAACGGCUCCUGCAGAACCACAGCGACAGGGAGGAGCAGGAGUUCCUCAGCAGGCCCUUCAGGUUCCCUCGAGUUUACAACGUGAGCUUUAAAGAAGAGAAGACGCAGGAGCAGGAGCAGCAGCAGCAGGAGGAGCAGCAGCAGCAGCAGCAGCAGGAGGAGCAGCAGGAGGAGGAGCAUCCCUUCUGUAAAAAGCUCGGCCUCAACCUGUGGUCCACUGAGGAGCAACCGGCCAAUCAGAGGCUGGAUCUGGGCGUCCUGACGUGUGGCGCCGUCCUGGAGAUGUUCAGCUUCGUCCGGCAGCUGUGUGGAAACGUCCACACCACCGUGAGCGACGUCCUGGAGCACAACUUUGACCUGGACCUGCAGAGCGGCCGGACGGAGCUGGCCCAGAGGAUCCACCGGUGGUUCAUCACUCAGCAAAGCCUGAUGAAGAAGCAGCGGAUCUCCAAAGUCAACCUGUGGCUGAACACGACCGUCCCCCUGAACGAACCGACACCCAGCAGCGAUUUGCACCAUCCACACCCCCAAGACUCUGAGCUGGAUGUGAAGCCGGUGGACGUGAAGCCGGUGGAUGGAGGCGAGCAGCGGCAGGACAGACUCUACCACAUCUGCCAGCAGAUCGGGCUGGACCUGGACCUCAGCUGUAGGCCAGAACCCAAAGCCAAGCUGGACCUGCAGCUGCUGACCAGAGCCGUCCUGCUGGAGGUGCACCGCUAUGUGGAGCACAACUGCAACCGCUACGUCCCCGCCCUCUACGAGAUCCUGGAGCACAACUUUGACCUGAGCUCCCAGAGCCACCGCCGGGUGGAGUUCGCCUGGUCCAUCGCCUCGCAGGUCAUCGCCAUGGCAGCCAAGCACAGCAGGAAGGAAGGCUACCUUAAUGCCGUGUUCCAGCUGCCCUUCGAGGACCGCCAGGAUGUCAGCAAAGACGACGUCUGCAAAGACGAGCCGGACGACCACCUCCACCACCCGGAGCUCAGCGACAGCACCGACAUCGUGUUCGUCCGGAAGCUGAAGCCCGUGGACAUCGAGGUGGAGAUCGAUUAGAACAUAGAGCCCCGGUAGAACUAGAGCUGCUUUUUGUCUCUCUUUGCCUUUUUUGUCUCAUUUUGCCAUUUUAGUCCUUUUGUGUCUUGUUCUUGCCUUUUUUUGUCUCAUUAUUGACAUUUACUGUUUCAGUUUUGUCAUUUUUUGUCUCUAUUUUGAUGUUUUCUGUCUCAGGUCAGAAUCCUGCUAGAACCGGAGGUGGAGUCAGUAAAACGUCACUUUUAAAAAGCGGGUUUUGCUUUAAAAGGUUCCUAUUGGUCAUUAAAGGGUGCGUAUUGAUUGUUUUGGUGGUUGUGAAACAGUUUCUAACCUUCAUCAAUGUGCUGCUGAAUGUCCAGUCACUGUUGAACUGAUCAGGAAAAUAAAGUCACAGUGGACUCAUUUUCUCCAACCAAUCCAGAUCUAAACAACAAGUCUGUUCCCUUUUUCAUGACAUCAAAGCUGCUGAGAUGUGAACAAACUGCAGGAAUCUUCCAGCUGCUGUUUAAUAAUGUCUCAUUUUGUGUACGUUUACCUCUGAGUGAACUGGUCCUCCAGAACAUCCUGGUGUCAUUGUGAACGGUGAACAGGAGGUUUUAUGGUGACAUUAAUUAAAAAUGUGACUCUGUUCACCUUCAGCAGCGUCAGCAGCCGAGUCCUGCUGAGUUUGUCUGAAUAAUCUGAGUCCCUGUUUUGAGUGUUUAUCUGGAAAACGUGUAAAAUCCUGUUGGAUGUGCAUCAAACGUUCCUGAAACCUGCAGGCUCACGUGUGGAGGUCCCAGAACGUUGAACAUGUCGGGUUGAAUUAGCUGGAGCUGCAUUAAAGGAGACAUUGUGGGA